GGUUAUGGACUCCCCUUCUGACUGGAUUUGAUAAUGCCUCUUUGAUUUCCCGUUGCAAAUUGAUUACUAGUAUGCAUUUCUUACUGGUGUUGUUUUCUGCUUAAAUCCAUUUUGACAUUUCUUACGCAUCGGAUUCUGAGCGAAUGUCGGACCACGCACUAUGAAGAGUGAGCGGUUUGUCGACAAGCCAAAGCCACUGGAGACUUACAGUUAGCAUUAUACUAUGGAGCAGAUUGAUAAAAAAUCUGAAGUUCCUGCCAACGCGCAGGCGAAGCCUAAAUGGGUGCAGUCGGAUUUUCCAAAAACUGGGAAGCGAUCAGCGAAUUCGAAAAAUACGGUGCCGCGCUCUCGCAAUAGGCAAGAAGACGGUCCGAAGCGACAGCGUUGUAACGUCAACCGUCUCGGCGCACGUGUGCGUAUGCGUCCGCUGCGAAAACAAAAACUGCCACCCAUUGAAGAUCUGAAACUGAAAAAUACUACGGAAGGCACCUCCGACGUUGAGGACAUAGACCCAUCGGAAUGCGAAACCACUGCGACGCAGUACUACAGGCUGACUGCACAGGGAAGAUUGGGCAUCGACCACACUCCCAAAAAAUCGAAGAAGUACUGCAACGUUCUGGAACCGAAAGCCGAGAUAGAAGAGGAAAUUAUUGACAGGAAUCCGAAAAAGAAGACUGAUUGCGCCAAUGUUGCCGCCGAUCAGCAAAAUGCUGCACAUUCGCAUGACGGGCAACCACAGGAGGCUGCUGGUAUCUGUGCAGAAAUUCCUCUGGGACAGUAUAAAAAUGUGGAAUCGGAGAAAAAUUGUACUCAGCCAUAUGAUUAUGACGCAACUCCCGAUAAACCGGAAGCGGAAUCUCACCCUGUAAACCAACACGACCACGCCGUGGACGGAGAGGAAAACCGCACCGAGAAGGGUGCUGAUCAGGCAGAUGUGCCGGGAGUAGUAUUUUAUGGGCCUUUUCCUAAGAAUUUGUUGACCUGCACAUUAAACUCAGAUCUACCAACGAAACGAACGUUAAUGUCGCAUCGAAAAAGAGGACGAAGCGGAUCCAGUUGCGCUUCUGAUGGUGUUUUGGUUAUUCCUGCGACUCCUGACGCUGAGAUACCUGGGACGCCGGCAGCAGUCGCGCACACCUGCGACGACUUUGACCUUUCCGACGAUGAAAUGGAGGACGUGCCCUGCGUCUAUGGAAACAUGGUCAACGGUAUAUCAUUCUUGAAUAAUCCCGUGGCAGUGAGGCCAAAACGAACACCGUCACCGGUAAAUACUCCCGUGACAUUUUCGCAGCUGACUCAGAAUUCCUUGCAAGAUGCGGAGGAAUUAGAGCCCACCCAGGUGUUGCUCUUGGACGAAAACGGCGAUCCCAUUCCCCCGCCAGGUUUUUCUCAGGUGCCUGAGAUCCAGUCUACACCUCGGUCGGAGGUCAAAGACGCUGCUCCCGACUGCAUUAUUGAUCGCUGCUUCCGAUACAUGAAUUUUGAAACACCACUGAAGACGGCCCAGUUUGUCCUAGCUGAUGAUACGCCGGAAUCACAGUACCGCAACAGUUUUGACCGUGACGGAUUGCCCGACACCCAGGAAAGCUUGUUUGGAAGUUUCAGCGGGAGUUCCAGUGGGACUAGCGAUUAGAU